AGGGAGAGCUCUCCGUGGUGCUGAAAGCAGAAAAACACACUCAGGCUCCUGUUAUAGUACGGCAGCAGAGCAAAAGCAAGCAAGACAAAAACAGAGGACAAGUUGAGUUUUAAAGAGCACAGCCAGAGGAAUUGUGACAUGCAGAAGGGGAAGGAAGCAGGAGAGAGAGAGAGCGAGAGAGGAUGACGCUGUAGUGGAAGGUAGCUACAGUAAGCAGUGGGCGUGUUCAUCUUGUUGUGAUCUAUAGCUGGGAUGCCUGGUGUCAUCUGCUUAAGCACAGAGCCACUCUACAGACCUUUGUGGACGAGCAGGACAAGAGGGAGCCGGCAGGGAAUUCCAUAACUUGAAACCCACAACAGUUUGCUUCACUUCCGUCUCAACCUUCACUGUGGACGAGGUUUCCUUUCACCUGUGCUACUCUGAGACAUUUUCUGCAUUCUGACGUAUUACAGCCGAAGGAGAGACAUUCAGGGACAGGCGCAUUGGAAGGUCUGUGACUGCCUGAUCUGCAACUGCAAGGGGAGUUUGAUGUGAAAGAGUGUGAGUGUUUGAGUGUGUAUUUGUGUCAUGUUUGCAGUUGCGGGUGCGGUCUGUCGCUGCGCCGCGUCUUCUUUCUGUCUCUAGCAUGUGUAGAUGUGUGGAGGAGUGAAGCUGGCUGCUGGAUUGGAGUUGAGCAACAUCUGGACUGGAGGGGUCGCAUCUCCCAUUUGUGCCCAGGGGAGGGAGCCUGGGGCUGGGCACCCAGUGGCCCAGCUUCCCUCUAGCACCAGCCUCAUCCUGGGUCACAGGGAGUCCUUCUAGCAAGUCAACCAGUGGGAGCAUACAAUGGAUGGAAGUCUAUGUGGAUUUAAGUGGAAUAGUGCAUUGGUGCUCCAGCAUAGGUCAGAGUUCACUCGUGUGUACUGGACUUAUCAGGGGAAGACAGAAGACACGUUGGUCCAAAAACCAGCAGGGACACAGCCCCAUUAAUGCUGUGGAAACACUUGAAGAAUGAUGAGCUCCCAGGAGGAGGAAACUCUCCGUUUUUUCCAGUAUGUUGAGGAGAAUGGGCUGAGAGUCUACAACGGCCUGGUAGCUCAGAGCCUUGACCACGCCAGGAAUGAGAGAAAUAGAGCAUUCCUGCAGGAGAAAAACGACAAGAAGAGAAAACAGGAGGAAGCCAUAAGGAGGACAGGGGAGGACAUUACAACCGAAGGGAAGCACUUACGCAUGGGCUCCAUUACCAUGCCGGACCCGCAGGAACGCAUGCCCAUGCCCCACCCACAUGCCCUCGCCUGUGGGCAGGGCUUCUCUGUCCGCUCUCAGUCCCUCCACUCUGUCGGCGGUGGGAACACUGGUGGUUGUGGAGGAGGAGGGGACGACGAGGUAGGGAGCCCGACCUCUAGGAAACAGCCCCCACCCAAGCCCAGGAGGGACCCGGCCACCAAGCUGAGCAUGUCGUCUGAGGCGGUGGAUCACAGUCCCAUGUCCACCUGCCGAGGGGAGAGAUGUGAUGCUCAAGGAUGCAGUGAGGACUGCAGGAGGGUGCCCCCACCCAAGCCUAAAAGAAACCCGAACACACAACUGAGCGUUUCCUUUGAUGAGUCCUACAUCAAGAGCCAUGCAGGCGGCGGUGUAUGUCCCUCCAAACCUCUCCACCACGUCACCUCACCCUGCGAAUACAACCAUUCGCCUCCACAGAGUGACGAGAGCCCUACAGACGACUGCGAGGAUGAGCCCGUCUACAUAGAGAUGGGCGGGAUCGACGUUGGAGCACGUGAACCCUUAAAGGACGAGGACGAGGAGCCCGGAGAGUCAGUGUACGAGGAGAUGAAGUACCCAGUUCUGGAUGAUAUGGAGUACCGCACUGACCCUGUAGGGUGUCGCUCUGCAUGCCCCACGCCAGCACCCUAUGACCCUGAGCCUCUGAGCCGCUGCUCCACACCUCGAAACAUUCCCCUCUGUGACAUUCCUGCACCCUUUCCUAAUUUGCUCACCCACCGGCCUCCCUUGCUGGUGUUCCCACCGGCGCCUGCCCAGUGCUCGCCCAACUCAGAUGAGUCUCCCCUUACUCCUCUCGAUGUAACCAAACUGCCCAUGCUGGAGAACCAAUCCUACAGCAAAUCCCCCACAUCCUCCACCGAGCCUCCCUCCUCUGCGCACAUCCGCAGGGAGCUCACUGCCACCCCGACCCUUACAGUAUCUGGCCGCUCCUCUGCGCCUCCUCUUCCCUGUACUCUCUACAAAUCCUCCUCUUCUUCCUCGUACCAGCGCAGUCACUCUGCUUGCCCCUCACCGGUCAGCAUGGGCCGCUGUCUCACUCCUCUCAGCCUCAUGCGUACGCCUCCCUUUGAUGCUCCCAUGCCGUUUCCUGGAGGUCUGCCACGCAGCGCCUCUGCCACCCCUCACGGCAAAGGCUCGCCACCUCAAGACGGCGUGGGUCGACUCCAUGGCUCUAUGCAGAACGUGUCAUCAGGGCGAUCAAGGACACCCACCAGCCCACUGGAUGAACUUACCAACCUGUUCACGACUGGCAGGAACAUGUUGAAGAAAAAUUCCAGCGGAAGGAAGUCUAAAGAGCCUGGAGAGACGGAGUCCAAAAGCAAGUCUCACAGCGACUCAAAGCGUGAAGGCAAAGAGCGCCACAGUCACAGCAAGGAGUCAAAGCGGGAAUCGAAGGAUCGCCACAGCAAAGAGUCUUCUCAUCGCAGAGACAAAGACAGAGACAAAGACAGAGACAGAGACAGAGACAGAGACAGAGACAAAGACAGAGACAAAGACAGAGACAGAGACAGAGACAAAGACAGAGACAAAGAUAAAGACAGGGAAAAAGACAAGGACAGAAGCAGCAGCAACGUGGACGUGUCUCACAGACGCAACAGUAAAGACCGCACUUUCAGCAGUGUAGAUGCACCACCUAUACGCAGAGACAGCAGGGACCAUGGCUGCAGCAGUGUUGAGCCCAUUCCAUUAAUAAGAAGAGACUCUAAGGACAGAGGGCUCAGCAACAGUGACCUGAUGCCGAGGAGAGACAGCAAAGAUCGGAGUGGGGGGCAGGGAAUGGAGCCUUUGCUGAGGCAGGACAGCAAAGAAAGAGAGCGACUGCUAGAUCAGCCGCCUGAGCUGUUACCAAGACAGGACAGCAAGGAAAGGGUGAGGAAUGGUUUAGACUCUAGACAUGAAAGCAGAGAGAGACUGCUGGAUCAGCCGCCUGAGCUCCUACCCCGACAGGAUAGCAAGGAGAGAGCCAGGAACGGUGUGGACUCAAAGCAUGAAAGCAGAGACAGGCCCCCUGAGCUUUUACCCCGACAAGACAGCAAAGACAGAGCUAGAACUGGAGCAGAAUAUAGGCAUGACAACAAAGACCAGCGUCCUGAUUUGUUACCCAGACAGGAUAGCAAAGAGAGAGUAAGGAAUGAUGUAGAGCCCAGACAUGAAGGUAGGAUAGACCAGCCACCUGAGAUCCUCCCCCGGCAAGAAAGUUCCAGAAGCAGCAACAGCAAGGACAGGAUUAGCUCUGAAUUAAAGCAUGAUGGGAGAGACCGGAAUUGCCACAAUGGAACAGAUCCCACUCCUCCCUUACCCAGGCAGGACAGUAAGGACCUGAGUAGAACAGGACUGGAGGUGAGACGGGACAGCAAAGACAGAAGCCUGAAUGGCUCUGAUGUGCAUCAGUACGAUGCAAAGAUCACAAAGAGCCCUUCUGCAAUGGAGUACAGGGGCGAUGGGAAAGAACGAGGAUACAGAUCUGAUGGCACACCCAGGCGGGAUCACAGAGCGAAUUACAGCGUCGACCAAUCAAAAGCACAAGAGAGGAAUGGCAGCACAACGUCAGGCCAGCACUCGACCACAACCACACCAACUCACCACGGGAGAUCGUCUGGAAGCCCACCGAUGACAGCAGGAACAGGAAAUGAUGUGAAAGCAGCGCCGAAAUAUGCACGCUCACCUUCUACGCCUGCUAACCCCUCACCAAUGGGGACUCCACAAAGGAGAGCAGCAGAGUCACAACAGAGUCAGAUGCCCCAGAUGCCAUGGAUCUGUGGAGACACCACCAUGCUGGAACAGAUCGAGAGGAAGCGCACCCUCUGCAUGGAAAUCCGCUCCAGACAGCACCCACACCUGCAGAGAUAUUUGGAGAGGCCUCCUCCCCCUCUGGACAGAAACGUGGAGAGGCACCAGGAGCGAAGUCACUGCAAGCAGGAAAGUGCAUCAGUCCUCCCGGGCUGGGGGAAAAGCAGCGGGACCAAAAAAAUCCGCCCUCCCCCUUACCCUACACAGAAAACUGUGUUCUGGGACACGGCCAUCUAACAACACACUCACACCUCCCUGCCACACAACUCCCAGAUACCCUCUCCCUCUUUCCUCUGGGUUGUGCUGAUGUUCCCCUGAAACACCAGGGGUGUCAGGACAGCCAGUGAGAGCACCACGGAGAUGAUCCUCGCUGAUGUCAAUGGACAAUGGUGGUUACCAUAGCAAUAUUUCUGCUCGUUCAGGUUGUCAUGUUUUCUUAUCAUCACUGGUGAUAUUUGAUAUUUUUCUAUUUCCUGUGAUUGGAUUCUUGUAAUAUAAUUAGUAGAAUAGAUAUUUGAUGAUAGAUAUUUUCUAAAUGAGAUGGGGAUUAAAAAGCAGCUUAAAUGAUGUAAAGUAGAUGUAGAUGCGAUCUAACAUUUGUUUUUGUUAUUUUUAUUUGGCUUAUUUUACAUUUGAAAGCUUAAUCUAUCAAUACUUGUACUGUAGUAGCAUAAUUUUCUUGUGCCCAAAAUAAGCACUGGAAAUGAAUGGACUCUUCAAUUCUGUCUAUAUAUACUUUACAAUUUUCACUGUUGUAUUGUAGGUUGAGGAGUUAACGUCAACGUGCUUUAGAUUCCAGCGCCCUCCAUGCCUGGUCCAGUAUGUUCUACAAUGUACAACAGUGGUCCUAGAACAGAGACAGGAAACUUUGUGUGGUUUGUAUAUUACAGUAUGAAGCUGUGUAGUCACUACGUCAAGGCCUUUUGAAGCGGUUGAAUCGUUUUCUAUUGGUAAAAACCUGUUGGCUGGCAUGUUGUAGAGGAAAGUGUGUAAUGUUUCUGCUGUAAUCUAAGAUACACUAUGAGGGUGGGUUGGGGAGGUAGUAAAUUAGAACAUACAUUAUUAACAGUAUAAUUUCCAAAACCAGCCAAAGCCUGUUAAAGCAAGAUAAGGGUGUGGUUGCACUUUGGACGGUCGGUUAUUUGAAAUGGGGUCGGUGGCAAUAGCUGGUGAGUCCCAGCGCCUUUACUUUGCCAUGCACACUGAGAGCACCACGACACGGUGUAAAUACUUGAUGCCAACGACCAGCCCGUACAAUCAACACCUGAGCUUUUAGAACAUUUCUUGAUUUAACUGCAGAUUAUAAUAGCCAUAUGCACUUGCUUAAGAAUUAACUCUCAAGAUUAUGCUUAUAUAUAUAUUUUUGAAAAUGUUAAAGGUAGCUGUGCCAUGUAAGUUUUAAUUUAUUGGCGAGAGGAGGUAAAAGCCUCAAGAAGGCUGGCUGUGUGUGGCAUGCAGACAUAUAUGAUUGGUUGUCUUGGACAAUAUUCACAAUUUAAUUGGCUGGCAACCAUUUUGGAGAUCACAGGACCUAUGACAUGGCAACAGCUCUACCCAGUCAAGCAGACAGGGGUUGCACAAGGGCCUACAAAUCUUUGAGGCUUUGUAAAAAGAAAAAGAAAUGCACUACCCAUCAUAUUCCAUUACAUUCAGUCAGGCAGAUUACAUACAUGUCCCUCUCCCCCCUGCUCUCUCCCUCUACCUCAACCUCUUACUUACAUCAUCCAAAUUGGUUCUCGUUAGCACAUUCAAAUGCAAUGUUGACAUUGCCAAAAUAGUCCGGGUUGGACAAGGGAGCUAACCCUCAGAGUGGAAUACAAGUGCAGUAACCCUUCUCUGGUGAGAAUCAACUGUGUUGUAUCUGUACGUGUGUGUGUGUGUGUGUGUGAGGGAGAGAGCUGUGUGUGUUUGUGUGUGCCAAGCUACACUGUAUGCAAGUUGAAUCUUUAAAAAUGAUUGUUUUAAGACAUUCACUUUGCCCUCUCCAUGAUAUAUGGAGGGUAAAGGUUGGAAAUGUAAUAAUGAUGAUGUACAAUCUCUUUGUGUGUAUAAACGUGCACUGUGAAAAGGUAGAGAGAGCACCGCACUGUCAGAGUCCUCUGUCUUAUUGCACUGAGUGUUCUCUUGUUUUUGCGUAAGAAAAAAAGAAAAGGAAAAACAUGUUUGAGGAAAAAAAAAGUACUGUAUUCUGAUUGUCACUUGGGUUCUGUUGAGAGAAAUAAAUAAAUAUGAACUUGAAACCCGCUAU